GUAUUACGUGAACUGCUCAAGCCCGCAUACACCUGGGGUCCGGCUCUGGAUGACCACCGAAACAAGUUCCUAAGUCAGAUACGUUUGCGUGAGCAAAGGAAGAAGAAGCAGCAGGAGGUGGAGACUAGUGAAAGCAAACUCUCCACAUCACAACUAAGUGUCACCGGUAGAAAACUUAACUCCGAUGCCCACCUGCAAACAACAUGCUCCUGUCCGGCGCUUAGUGCGGCAAAAGCAGACGAGCCAUCUUUCUUCCAAAGCAAACUAAACAUUGCCGAGAAGAUGACCACCGCUCACGCGAAGGACUUGAUGAAACGCGGAGAACCCGGCACCGCUAGUCCAUCUGAAGAUCUCACAGUAGGUGUUUCUGACGCUGCAAACACGGUAAGUUCAACAACCUCGAAUAAUCUUUAG